AUGGCGGGCGUAGUGCCUUCCAGCAGCAUUUCAAUACUGCCGUCUCAAGAUCCCGAUCCCAAUCCCGAUCCCAAUCCCAAUCCUAACAAUGGUGCCGGCGUCGGUGGCGGCACUGGGGGGUCUGCAAGCACCGCAAACAGCUCGCCAACGCCAACACCUUCGAUGAACAUUCUGCCUCCGCAGUCUUCACCAACAAGCACUUUCGAUGCCCUCCCUUCACCCACGGUCAUUAUAUUCAACGAUGCCGCCAAUUUCGGGACCCAACCUGCUGGACGAGUCUAUUUCACCAGCAACCGGACCAAAACCUUUUCGUGGAGAGUCGGCAACAGCACGACGACGCCCUUGGAUAUUUCCUGGUAUGGAAUGCCUAAGGCUUCGGGAGAACCUUUCGAUAUUUCUCAGGCAAAAGUCAUUACUCGUGCUAAAUUCGGCGAUUCUAAGCCCGGAAACGAGAUUGUUAGCCUGAGCUCUUCAAGUGCAACACUUAACCUCACAGGCUCCGAUUUAGUUUCAGGCGACUGGUACCAGAAGGACAUGGUUAUCAAAAUCGAUUGGAAAACGAAAAACGGAAACUUGGGCUUCACACAAUCAGGUGUCUUUACCGUUGCGAAUUCAACCUCCUCGAUCGACAUAAACACUUUCAACAAUUCAGAGGCAACCGAUAAUGACCAAGAUCGCCGAGGCGGCGAGGCUGUUACCUCGUCUGUCAACAACCCGACUCUGCCCACCAGCGGGCCUUCUAACCCUUCUGACGGCAACGGCAUCGGAGGCAGCAGCAGCGGAGACAGUAGUGGGGGAGGCAGCCACGGGCUCAGCAAGGGCGCCAUCGCCGGCAUAGCCGUGGCCUGUUCCGUCGUUGGCAUCCUCCUCAUCGGUGGCCUUGCGUGGUUCCUCCUUCGCCGCCGCCGGAGACGCCAUUUCGACCAGGGCUACAAUGCUACCGGCCAGACUACCAACUCUUUCAUCGCAACCAAAGAGGUCCAGGCUUCGGUCGCCGAGUCGCCCAUCAUCUCCCCCUUUUCCGACGACGGCACCCGUACCGGCUCUACCAAUGCAAUGCUACCUCUUCAGACGACCAUCGCAGGAACGAGCGCUGCCAGGGGGGUGUCUACUCACGAUGAUGAGGCGGACCGUCCAGGAAGUUCUGCAUCAGACAAUAAUAACAGGUCACGCAAUAUUGCUCACCUCGUCGAAGAGGGCAUGACGGAGGCCGAUAUCCUGCGACUGGAAGAGGAAGAGCGGCACCUAGACGCUGAGAUUGAACGUGCGGCCAGAAGGACGUCCAGUUGA